AUGGUAACAACUGACACAAAAACAACAUUCUUUAAAGAUCACACUGAACACGAGAAAUACAUUGAUUACCAAUACCUAUCGCUUAACUCAAUGACUGUAGAUAAAUUAACUGAUCACCUCCAGCAACGACAACAACAUCAACUACAACAUCAAAAUCAUUUGUUAUCUGAAUAA